UUGUACUGGACGCUGCAGACGAUGAAGAUCAGGAAGCAUCCCUACCUGCUGGAGACUGUAUGGAUGGACAAGUACAAGUUUGACGAGGCCGAGAGACUGUUCCAUGAGGGCCAGCAGGCCUCUGAUGCUAAUGCUGUGAUACAGGCUGCACAGGAGGCUGAGUUGGUAUCACUUACCUGGGCUGGGGCUGUGGAGGAUGGUCAGCAAGAGCAAGAGUUGGGAAAGAAGCAGCUGAGGAAGCGAUCUCCACGUGGCUGGCCAGCAGAGGUGGAGAGUUCACGCCAGCUGGAGAUGAAGGCACUGCCUGAAGCUUCUGGUCCACAGCCAGUGAAGGAUGCAAUAACCAACACCAAAGCAGUUGGCAGGGAUAUCAUACUCGGCCGUGAGACACGCUCUCUAAUCGCCUGGCAUCAACUGGUGCAUGGUGUCUGGCUUAACAAAAGCAUUUUCGAUGAGGCUGAACGUCUGUUCAUCAUACAGUCACAAGGCCACAGCAUCCCACGAACCCUCCACAUCCCAACCUCUGGGGUCAGUGCAGCUCCGAAGCUGUGGGCAACUCCAGACGAAGGUUACGUUAGUGCCACACCUAUCACUCCUGGUUUCCCCACUGGAGGAGACCCUAGUUCUCUGGUCAAUGGCAUGUUCCCACGUGCCAGCCCGAGCCCAUUGGCACUCCAGUUUUGGCUGGAAAAGCCACUGUAUGAUGAUGCCGAGCGACUCUACCGUGAAAGGCUGCAUGGUGACCCGGCUGCAGCCAAAGAAGGCUGUCCCCAGACAAUGGGACAAAGGCCCGCUGCCCCAAGCCUUACUAAUGCCCAUCAGAAUGCCACACAAUGCUUGCUGCCCCCAAUAAAUGAGGAUCCUCUGGCAGCUGCCCGGCACCUUGUUCAUGAGGACAAUGAGCCAGUGUGGUUCAGUAAACCCAUGUAUGAUGAUGCCGAGUUGCGCUAUCACCUGGUUCGAAUCCAGAGAGCUGCUGACCAGUCUCAGAACCUUGAGCUAUUGCAGGCACCACCAGUGGAGAGAGCUUCGCCUGCGCCUCGUCGUCUGAGGCUCCACGAUAAAACAAUGGCAGUUAACUUUCUUGCUGAGGAAAAGAUCUGGUUCGAUAAAUACAAAUAUGAUGAUGCUGAGAUGCAAUACUAUGUUAAACUCAACAGUCCAGUCACCAGCAAAGUACUGAAUUCACCAGCUGUGCAGGAGAAUGGAGCAAGUAACAUCCUUCGAGACAUUGCCAGAGCCAGGGAGAAUAUCCAGAAGUCACUGGCAGGAAUCCAAUCCGCUUGGGAGGCCGAUGAUAAUUCCAAAGAAACUGUCCAGGAUAACAUCGAUCCCACUUCAAGCCACAAUGUCUUGCUUGUAAAUCAUCAGAAUAGUGCUGUGCAAUGCUCAGAUAUUGAGAUGUGUGCCCGGGUCAUCAACCUAGAGAAAGAGAAUCAGAGCUUACACCAGGUGGUGGAAGACCUGCGGUUGGCAAUGUCGAAGCUGGAAGCCCGUGUAUCCAUAUUAGAGAAGUCUUUGGUCACCGCACAGCCUGCAAUCUGCCCACAAGCCCAACACAAUGAGGUAAAGCCCAGCACAACAAAGGUCGAGGCUAAGAAGAAUGAAGAUGAUGAUGAUGAUGAUGAUGACGUUGAUCUCUUUGGAAGCAGUGACGAAGACGAGAAGGCAGAAAAAGAUAGGGUCCGUGAGGAACGCUUACGUCAGUAUGCAGAGAGGAAAUCCAAGAAACCUGCCCUCAUUGCCAAGUCCUCCAUCCUCUUGGAUGUGAAACCAUGGGAUGACGAGACGGACAUGGUGAAGCUGGAGGAGAGCGUGCGGACUGUCCAGAUGGAUGGCUUGGUGUGGGGAGCCUCCAAACUCGUCCCGGUUGGGUAUGGGAUCAAGAAGCUCCAGAUCCAGUGUGUGGUGGAGGAUGACAAGGUCGGCACAGAUCAGCUGGAGGAAGAAAUCACCAAGUUUGAGGAUUAUGUGCAAAGCGUUGAUAUUGCUGCUUUUAACAAGAUCUAAAGAUGCUGAAUCUUUCCACAUUUAGUGAGGAAUAAAGGAUUGAGUUAUCUAUC